AUGGAUCUGCCGGUUUCUUUACGACGCGCCCGGAGGACGAGUGCUGCUUAUGCAGAUAGCCAUAGCACAGCUAUCAAAAGUGGUUCAUCAUGUUGCCUCACAGCAACACCACGCAAGCGAGGCAGACCGAAGAAACACGUGCGUUUCUCGGACCCGGGACCAUCACUGGGGUCUUCUAGCAGCCCAGCAGCGACAGGCCUGACGCCCAUGAUCCGGCGGACAUCUCUAUCUGCCCCUGCCCAAAGACGCCAUUCAACGCCAUCUCGUCCAGCAAACGGCGCUGGAUUGGAUCUGGACUCGCCCUCGGUGCCUCUCAGUGGAGAGGUUACUUUUCUGCCGCUCAGACAGGUCCUCGACGGUCGUGUCAAACGCCGCAUUAGGCGAAAUGGCCUGAGCGAAGAGAUGAACCUGAUCCAUGCCGAGAAGAAGAGGAGAGCCGCAGAGACGAGGGCAGAGAUUGAGCAGCUCAAAGCCGAGCUUGCCGCCAAGGAUGCUGAGAUCGAGCAGCUCCAGACCUUUGAUGAUACCGUCGCCCAGGACACCGGGCGCAUCAUUGAGCUCGAGAGGCAGGUGGACGAGCUGAGGCAGCAACUAGAGAAUAAAUCUGGGUCUCACGACAAGACCUACGAUUGGACCAUGGCUGCCAGAGAUCCAUUCGCCGAGGACUACACCAUGAUGGAUCUGAACAGUGAUCCCAUGGACGCCGACAACGAGGAUGACUUCGGCGAGACGACCAUGGCGGAUCUCCAUUGCAGCACACCCACCCGCCGCAACCGUGCCAUCAGCUCGUUCCCUAGCCCUCCCCUCACAAGCCCAACCACGAUGCCAAUGACGCCAAGCUCUCACUGCCGGACGCCACGGUCCCAUGCUGGAGUGCAAGUCGCAAUGCUCGAUACAGAGAAGCAACAGAUCGAAGAAGAGCUUGCUUCGCUUCAGCUUGAGAUCUCCAAGCUCACUGGCACGCUCGAAUCAUACCAGUCUCUGACUGAUCGGCUCGCAAGCCAGCUGUCUGGGGUUCCGCAACCAGCGGACUUGCCAUCAUCCGAUGAACAACAGACAAAUGCCAGCUCUCCUAAGCCAGACUUAGAACGGCAUCUAAAGCACGCCCUCCAGUCUCUGUCAGACCGGACCGCAGCUUUGCUUGCUCUAUCGUCAUCGCUAAGCGAACUUGGCUUCCCGGGAUCGGAUGCAUCCGAGAUUGUCACUUCGCUGUCCACAGCCUUCCGAACUGCGCGCCUGGAGCUUGAGUAUCUCACUCCUGGCGAGGUUGCUCUCCCCCUCACCUCUGCUGGCGCCGAGGUCCUAGAUCUCCUCCUGAACAAGCUCAGAGACCUCGCCCGCAAAAGCAAAGAGGCGGAUGACGAGAUCGACGAGUAUCACGAAAUGGAGCUGAGCCUUCGCAAGCAGCUGGGCGCCCGAGUCGAAGCUAUGGAUGGGCUUGUGCGCGAGGUCAACCGCCUAGAAGCAGAGGCAAAGGCCAAAGACGAGAAGAUCUCGGAUCUCGAGCUUGGUGUCGACAGGCUCAAGGGUGCCGUCGCCAGUUAUACUAGGGAUGUUUCUGAGCUGGAGCGGCUAGUCGAGCGGAUCGAAGGCGAUCUCCAGAACAAAGUCACCGAGGCGACAAAGCUCAGCGAGGAAAAGGAGCAACAAGUCCAAGCUCACCUCGAAGCCGCCAAGCUGAAAGACGAGACCAUUGUAGAGUUUGAGCGGAAGCUCGCCGAGGCGGUGACGCAGACCGAGAGCUUGCUGAACGAGCUUUCUUCCGCACAGGACGAACACCAGCGGGCCAAGGAGAAACACCAGGAGCGCCUCACGUCUCUGAACAAGUCGCACGGCCAAGCCCUGGCCCUGCGCGACGCUCGCGUAUCCGAGCUCCGGGAGGAGGUCGACCGGGUCAACAGCGCGCUGCGCUCUGCUCACGAGACGGUGCGGCAGCUGCGUGUCGAGAACUCUGGUCUGGAGAAGAAGCUCGAGGACGAGAAGACGAGGGCGCGAGCGGCUAUUGACGCCGUCAAGGCAGAGCUGGAGCGCGUCGCUCGAAUGGGACAGGAGUUCCUGGCGCAGACGCCCAAGAAGAAUAGAGAGACGCGGGCGAGCCUGAGCCUGGCCGAGAGCGCGCAGAAGGGCGGCGCUGCAGGUCAGGGGCUUCUAGGUGGUGAUCUCGCCCGGAGGAAGUCUGGGGCCGGCAAGAAGAGGAGACGAUAUGACAGUGGGCUAGGCUUCUUGGAUGAGGAGGAAGUCGAUGCCGAGUAUUGA